AUGUUACUUUAUCGUUUAAAUUUUACUCUUCUUAGAUGUAAGCUUAUCUGUGUGAAUGGAACCGAAAAUUUGAGUACUAAAAGAGAGAAACAAUUCAUUACACCAGUCUUGGAGUUUACUCAGAUUGUAGUGCCGGGCUUUAUUUAUUGUGAAAUAACCCUGUAUUAUAUGCAGUCAAAUCAACGGUCAACGUCAAGUAAUCAACCUAAUUUUCCACGCAAAAGAAAUACACAUGUUCAAGGGUUGAAAUCUAGACUUCGAUCGAAUAUUAAUUCAAUUUUAUCCAAUUAUGAAAUGAUUUUAUCACGAUCCAAGAUUGACCCAAAUGAGGUUACUAAAGGUCUUGGUCCAUAUGCUCAGUGUGCUCAAGAUACAUUUGAAUUCAGCGUAAGAGCAGCAAAUAUAGUACAUGCUUGUGAAAAUAUCACUCGUCUAGUAUCAGAAAUUAAACAAUUUUUAAUAUUAGGCGAUUUUCGUUGGUUAGCACGAGUGAAUUCAUUAAAUCAAGAAAAAUUGAUUCUUCAAAAAUUAGAUUUAGAUCGUGUCAGUAAUCGACUACGUGAUAAACUUGUUGCUGAAUUACAUAAUUUAGAACAAGAAACAAGUCCAGAUUAUCCUAUUAAUACUUUUCCAAAAAACUAUUCAACAGUAAAAAAAAAUACAAGUUAAUUGUUGUAUCUUAACGUAAUUUUGUCAAUUAUAAAU